CGAUUCAGACGUGUUCAGAGUGUGUUCAUGAUAAUCAACUCUGCGCAGUUUACGCAGAAAAGCCAUUGGAUUUCUAUUGAAGAUAAACAGUGCUAGCAAACCACGCCUUAGCAACUGGAUUUAGGAGUUUAAAUCUUAUUGUUAUUUUGUCUUUAUCAGUUGGACGUUUUUGGAGGUAAAAAUAAAGAAUGGCUUCUAGAGGAACAUCGGAAACGAGCAAACUGAGACAAAACAUGGAAGAACAGCUGGACCGGUUAAUGCAGCAGCUGCAGGAUUUAGAGGAGUGCAGAGAAGAACUUGAAGAGGAGGAAUAUGAAGAAACCAAAAAAGAGACACUAGAACAGUUGAGCGAGUUCAAUGAGUCAUUAAAGAAGUUGAUGUCUGGGAAUAUGACACUAGUUGAUGAACUGGGGGGAAUGCAGCUGGCGAUCCAAGCUGCCAUCAGUCAGGCAUUCAAGACACCAGAAGUCAUUCGGCUGUUUGCUAAAAAGCAGCCAGGGCAAUUGAGGACAAGACUGGCUGAGAUGGACCGUGAUGUGAUGGUUGGAAAGCUCCCUCGUGAUGUGUACACUCAGCAGAAAGUGGAGAUCCUCACGGCUCUGAGAAAACUUGGCGAGAAGCUGACAACAGAAGAUGAAGCGUUUCUUGCUGCAAAUGCUAGUGCCACUCUGAGCCACUUUGAGAAGGUGACUGCGAGCCUGGGAUCUGAAGAUAAGAUACUGGCACUGGCCAGUUCUGGAGUUGGGAAGUCAUAAAGGUUUACUAGGAUUGACAUUUAAUAUGAGUGUGGCCUAAAUGCUGUCCGUGCAUUUUAAAGUAUUUAGUCUUUUUUUUGUUUUUAAACAAUGGUUGCAAUUUUUACAUUUAGGAAAAGAACUGUCUGAUGACAUCAUGUGCUCACUCUACCUAAAGUAUGUGCAUUAGGACUCAUCAGACAGUUAUUUGUAUUGUGUACUUCCUAUACAUUUUAUGUUUGAUUGUACAUUUUGAUUUGGGUACAGUGAAAGAAAAGUCUACAUUUUCAGUGAAACGUCUUAAACAUUUAUAAAAGCUCAUUUUAGAAUAGUUAGAACUUAUUUUCUGAAUACAGAGAGGUAAGAUUGUCAAAAAAAAGUCCUGAUUCUUUUUUUUUUUAACCCUCUGUUUGUAAUGUGAUUUAUUAAUCUUAUCAUCAAGCUGUUGCCAAUAAGCCUUUUUUGGUACUAGUAUUUGAUAGUAAAAUAGACCGACUUUUAAUUUGGUUUGUCAUAACUUUUUUUAACCAGUGUGAUAUUUGUAAAUACUUUGUAUUUGAAUAUAUUUGGUGAUCAAUAUCUUAAAA